AUGGCGAUGAUAUCAGCAAACACCUUAGUACGCAGUAUCGCACUGUUCCACCUUACACUCGCAGUUGUCCUGCUCAAGAAUCCCGCCUUGAUAUCGAACCAAGGUGUCAUCCUCCUGCUAGGAGAAUCAAUGCAACUUCCAACGCCCCGUGACUUCAACAAACCCUCCGCAGCAACAGCCUUCCUAGCCGUCCUUUUCGCUUUCAUCGGCCUCACCGACCUCACGGCCCUCUCUCUUCACGAAGACGUUUUCGAUCAAUUCUGGGGCCUCCAGGCACCCGUGCGUCUCCUCUUCCUCUUCGGUCUUACCGCAUACUCGUACAUGUUCAAGGAGGGAGGCAUGUUUGCACCGAGGGGCAUGGAAUACAGAAUGAGCGCUGGCGCUAGUCUGAACAACAGCUUUAUAUUCACGUGGGGGUUCAUAGAAGUAUUUGCGUGGUUCUGGGUUUUCACCACGUUGAGGGAAGAGAGGUCGGCGAAAGCGACGAAGAUGGCUGAGAAGCAGGCUCGGGAAGCUGAUCAGAACACGCUAUAG